UUGGCUAUCCAUAUAUUAACAAGUUCUUAUAGCCUACAGUGAAUUCACUGUCAUGGUUUAUCCAUGUUCCAUUUGGCAUUGAGUGUCAUAUUCUUUUAAGCGAAAGGCUACAGUUCAUGAAAUAAUAGAACUACAUCAUUAACAACUACUUCAAAGUUUGAUUUUAGUAGUAAUGGGUAGCCUAUUCCUGGAGCAAAUAAAAAAACAGACAACAACUUUCCUACAAGAAAAGUACAAAUCUGCUAGGAUGACAUUUACUGAUGUUACUGAAGCUGAAUUGCUCGCAGAGGAAGCAACAAAUAAGGAUGAUUGCAGUCCUGAUGCCAAAACUAUGACCAGAAUUGCAGAGGCAUCAUUUGACAUAGAUGAGUAUUGGAGAAUUGUUGAUAUUCUUCAUCAUAGGUUGUAUAACGUGGAUUGGGAGCAAUGGAGACAAGCAUACAAAACAAUGGUUCUUCUGGAAUUCUUGCUCACCCAUGGCCCUCAAGAGUUUGCUCUAGAAUUUCAAUGUGAUAUAGAAAUUAUUGAAGAACUAGGAGGGUUCACUCAUAUUGAUGAAAAAGGGUUCAAUUGGGGAUCCAGAAUGCAAAAACUAUCAGACGAAAUAGUGAAGCUUUUACAGAAUGCAGAAGCUCUUACAGAAGCACGUUUGAAGGCUCUGAAAAUAACAAACGGAAUACAAGGGUUUGGAUGUGCAGUGAAGUGUCCAUCUCCAACAUCGCCAUCAUCCUCAGGAUCUUCAUCAUUUUACUCAUUUUCCACCACAAGCACCCCUGAUAACCUACCUCCAAGGGACUUGAAGCAUGUGACCAAAAACCACCUUUGGAAAGGAUUUGCAGGUGAGGAGAAAAACAUUUUGAUCGAUUCUACGGAAGAUGAAUAUGUGGCAAAACCAAAAGGGUUUGUCGGUGAAAUGUACGAAAAGAUCUCUGCUGUUAGUCCCUUAAACGGAGAAAAACGUGGAAAAGUUGAUUUUAGAUGCCUAUCAGAUGUUGGGAAAAAGGUCAGUGAAAAGAAAUUUGAUCGUCAAUACUCGUUUUGGUUUUGAAGGAACACAAUAUUGUAAUGGUAGCACAAAAAGCAUGCCACAUGAAUCACACUUACUAACAGCUCCCAUCUUCAAAUUCCUGUUUUA